AUGGAUGACUCGUAUUCGACGAGUAACGAAGCUGCUUUGGCUGUCGUAGCUACGUCUAUGAAAAAAGCUCGUCUACCUAUGGAAGUACUAAUUGUGAAUUCAUUUAUUGGAGGACUAUUGUUCACUACGGGGGGGAUGUUAGCUAUUGUAAUAGAAUCGUAUAAUCCUGGCUUGAAAGAAAGUAAUCCAGGAAUUAUAGUAUUACUUCAAGGAUUGGCUUAUCCGAUUGGUUUAUUUUAUGUUGUUAUCACCGGCACGGAUUUGUUUAACUCGAAUAUCUUAUUUUUUAGUGUGGGACUUGUACGUGGAGCUGUGUCUAUACUAGACCUUAUAAUCAGUUGGAUUGUUAGUUAUUGGGUGAACUUAAUAGCUAAUAUAUUUGUCUGUUACAUUAUUUGCAAUUUUUCUGAUAUCAGUCAGAAAGAAGAUUUCGUGGAAGGAUCAAUCGAUGCUGUAAUGCAGAAGGCUUCUUUUUCAUUCGUUAAUAACUUAAUCAAGGGCAUAGCGGGUAACUUCUUUGUCUGUCUUGCCAUAUAUUUACAAAUAAUGGCAAGGCCAUUGCAUGUUAAAUUUUUAAUGUUGGUUUUACCGAUAUUUUCGUUUGUAAGUAUCGGCUUCACCCAUUCUGUUGCAGAUAUGUAUGUCCUAUUAAUGGGAUUGAUCAAUAAUGCGCCAAUUUCUGUUGGGAAGGUCGCGUGGAAAAUUAUGUUGCCAGGUGCUCUUGGUAAUAUGAUUGGUGGUUCGUUCUUUGGAAUGGUUAUCCCAUGGUACUUACAUUUGUAUUGUGUGGAGAGAGAUCAGAGAGAGUUGAAUUUACCACAGUAUGAUGCGAGAGAUGAGCAGCCACAAAUUAACUCUGAUUCUAGAGUUGUAAAGAACAGACCAAGAACUAUUACUGAGGAGUUCGAAGAAAUACCAGAGCCAUAUCCUGUGAAAUCUGAAAAGAACGAGGAUUCAAGUUUAAGUUCUGAAAAUAAUACUAGUGUCGCUCCACCAGAACAAUUGGUAGGUGAUAUUAGUCAAUAUCCCGAACAUUUGAUUAAGGUUUCUUCUAGAGCGUCAGGUAUUUCUAGAUUUAGUGCUAAUAGUACUCGCUAUACUCCCAAAUCCCCAAGAAAUGUUUUCCCAGUAUAUGGAAUGGGAGCCCCAAGUGGAAGAGAAAGAUCCAUUGCAUCUGGGACGAAUAUCAAUAUCAUUGACGAAGAUCUCGACACAAUACAUACAUCUAAAUCUAAUCUUGGAAACGGUAACGAUUCCAAAUCAGCAACGUAUAUUGGAGACCAUGUUAAGAAAUUAUUUUCAGGGUACGCAUUAAAUAAGCUAAAUAGGGAUCUCGAGUCGCAAAAUGAGAGUCGCCCUACCAUUGAUAGAAGCCGUUCAACUCCAAAUGCUAUUGCUGAAAAUCAAUUUCAUCGGCUGUCGAGUAAAUUACUGAGAAGGCCGAGUAAUAGGGUAGCUGCUACUAUUAAUGCGGUCCCAUUAGUAGGGAAUCUGGUAGCCGAGACAGCAUCUACCGCGCUAGAAAACACAACUGACGUUACCGAUCGAACAUUCACAAACCUGGAUUGUGUAUCUCCAGGGCAUUCUAUUGAUUCAGAACUUCAAACUAAUAAUACCAUGCCUAUAGUGCAGAAUUCUAAUCAAUCGUCAUUUAAUAUCGUAAAUUACCAACCUGAAUCCCCUAGCUCAAAGAAAAGUUAG